AUGUUCAGCAGCGCCUUUGUUCGCAUUGCGGGCGAAGCUUCAAGCGGUCCGAGCACUUGGAGCGCCACGUGCGAACGCGUCAGUCAUCUACCCCAACCGUCGAUUCGUGGUGUCAUGGACUCACCGGUCUGGACUCAGCGUGAGCUAACCCUGGCGACAGAUACCAAGGAGAAGCCCUACAUCUGUCGAUGUGGAUCGGCCUUCGCCCGCCGCGACCUCUUGACUCGCCACCAGCGCAUCUCACACGAUGCCCAAGACACUGCCUCGGGGUCUCCUGAUGCUCCCUUGUCUGAGGAGGGUCAGCAAGCCGGAGCUGAUGCAGAAUCAGCUGGCGAUUCUCUCAUAUCGCCUUCCCGGAGCAUGAGUACAGACCAGGGCAUUCAACAGUCCCCAUAUCUGGCUUCGAGCCGUGCCUUUGGUAAUUCUCAUACUGCCGCUAGCCAGCCGUAUGGUCAGCUCCCUCCAGGGCAGGACUUCUACAAUCAUGGUCAAGAAUACUCGGGCUUUGAUAGCUACACGGGAUACUCGAACUACUCAGCCACUGGCAGCUUACCGGCGGAAUGGGGGAGCCCUUACUUUGAUCCAGGUGCCGAACAAGAUAUGGUAGACCCGUCCUUGCGACCUUCGAUUGCUGGUCCAUCGUCGCCUGCUACGGGUGAUAACUUUUCACCGCACUCUUACAACUCUUGGAUGUCGGCGCACCAACGAUGGGGUAAUUAG